AUGUCGAAGCCAUCAAGGCUCAGCUUCGCGGGGGUGGCUGGUCGAUGUCAGCCCCGAGCUCGUCUUCAACAAGACAAUCAAGAGUACAGGCCAACCCCGUCCCAUGGCAGUCCCUUGCCAUCACACCCUGCUAACCUUGAGUCAGCCAUCUCGAAUGCACACCACGACCCCUCCAAUCACGUUACUCUCAUUUCCGGUGGAGGUGCUGGCCACGAGCCGGCCCAUGCAGCCUUUGUUGGUCGCGGCCUGCUCAGCGCUGCUGUCUCCGGCAACAUUUUUGCCUCUCCGUCUGUUUCCCAAAUCGUCGAAGCUAUUCGCACAGUUGGUGGCAGCGCGGGUACCAUCCUGAUCGUGAAGAACUACACUGGUGACAUCUUCCACUUCCACCUUGCAGCCGAGAAGGCCAGAGCUCGAUGGGGCCACAGGGUUGAGGUCCUGGUGGUUGGGGAUGAUGUGGCGGUGGGGCGCCAACGCAGCGGCAAGGUUGGCCGACGAGGCCUGGCGGGCACAGUCCUUGUCCACAAGGUUCUUGGGUCCUUGUCUGCUCAGGGCAAGUCGAUCGACGAGCUGUUGAGCGUCGGCAAGCAGAUUGUGGAUGGUCUCGUCGAACUGGGCAUGGGUAUUCAUAAUGAACCCGGAUGCCAGGUUCUCGACUCGAAGCCCAGUCUCGACAGCCUGUUGAAUAGUAUGCUCGACUUGCUGCUCAAGACCGACGAUACUGAUCGGGCGUUCGUCAAUUUCGAUGAUGCCAAGAGCUCCGUGCUUCUCGUGAAUAAUUUGGGAGGCACGUCACAGCUCGAAUUGAGCGCAAUCACACGCCACACGGUUCAGAAGCUCAAUUCCCGGGGCAUUCAACCAACACGCAUCUUGUCUGGUACCUUGAUGACGAGCUUGGAUGCAUCGGGCUUCAGUGUUACCAUCCUCAAGGCCACAGACGAAAUCAUCGCCAGCCUCGACUCUCCGACAACGGCUAUCGGAUGGCCUCAAACGUACUCGGCUUUCAAGCCAUACACUGGCGAGCGUGUUCUCGAGUCCGCCUCUGAGAAGUCGUCAGACCACACUUCCAAGGCCUCUGGCCCAAAGUUGAUUCCUCAAGCAUUCAACUCCUCGGUCACACAAGCCUGCCAGGCCCUCCUCGCUGCCGAACCUCAAAUCACACAUGACGAUCGUAUUGUCGGAGACGGCGACUGCGGCGCGACGCUAUCCCGCGGCGCAAAUGCUGUACUCAGGGUCCUCUCCGAGGACCCCGUCACAGAGUCGACCACGGCAGGCGCUGCUGUGAUGUCGAUCGCGCACGCAAUUGAAGAGAGCAUGGACGGUACAUCUGGUGCCCUGUACGAGCUCUUCUUCACCGCAUUCGCCGCGGCUUUGCAAAAUUCCUCCGGCGAGACUGUUAGCACAAAAGUUUGGAGUCAAGCAGCUGGCAGCGCCCUCGAGCGGCUCCAGGCCAUGACGCCUGCGAGAGUGGGCGAUCGCACAGUGAUGGAUGCUCUGAUUCCCUUCAUCGAUACCCUGCAAAAGGAAGGUGACUUGACGAAGGCGGUCGAGGCUGCUAGAACGGGCCGUGAUAGUACCAAGGGUAUGGAGGCGAGUCUGGGAAGGGCAGUCUAUGUCGCCGGUGAGAACUGGGGCAAGGUACCUGACCCUGGUGCCGAGGGUAUCGUUGCUAUUGUUGAGGGGAUUGCCAACUUGACUUCAUAG